ACCUUUCAGUUGGAUGAGACGUGAGGAUGGAUGGACUAGGAGUUUCACAAGGAAUGGUAUCUUCUUUGUACGAAUGGGCUAUCACCGGGCCAAAAAGAUGAUGAGCAGUCACGAUAGCCCUUCUGGGUCUUCAAGUAACUUUAGAAGAGGUUGCUUAUGGAAUGUCGACGUUCCUGAAAAGGUGCGUCUAGUAGGGUGGCAGGCUUACAGAGGAUCGGAGCUUCAUGUUGAUCAUUUUGCUGCUUUCCUUGACAGUAUGGUUUCCAUCCUGGGGAGGGAGCAAUCAGAGCUUCUUUGUAUAUUGUGCUGGAAAAUUUGGGGCUGCAGAAAUGAGGCAGUCUGGCAUGGCAAGCACACAAGCCCGCAGUUCAUCAUAGAAAAUGGUUUAGGCUAUUUGAAUGAGUACAAACAAGCAAUGAAUUCUAAAGGCAGGCGAGUGAGACUUGGGCAACGGCUUAGUGAAACAAGAUGGCGACCUCUGGAUAUGGGUCAUGUGAAGAUUAAUAUCGAUGGGGCCAUAUUAGAACAGCAACAGAGCUUUGGCAUAGGGGUAGUGGCAGGUGAUCACACUAGUAAUGUAGUGGCAUCAAUGGCUUAUAAGGGACAAGGGGCAGUAGCCGCCGAAGUAGCUGAGGCAUGUACUUUGCGUAAAGCACUACAAUGGGCCCACGACCUCUCUUUUGAAAAAAUCAUUGUUGAGUCAGACUGUGCAAACAUCACCGCAGCCAUGCAAUCUGAUUUUCUUGCUAUGAACUCAUCCUUGGGCUCAAUUAUCUCAAAUAGCAAGAUGCUCAUGACCACCUUCCUUGACUAUCGACUUCAGCAUACCCGCAGGGAAGGAAAUUUGAUUGCUCAUGAACUGGCGAAGAGAGCUCUCCAAGCAGAAGUUGACAAAUACUGGGUCGGUGAUAUAUCAGGGACUAUUGCGCAAUUUGUAAUUGGGGAUAAGUCAAGUAUCUAAUUAUGUAUUCCCUGUUCUGAUAUUAUCAAUAAAAUAUGUGCAGUAGA